ACCAUCAUAAACCAGCCUUUAAGGUUUCCAGGUUUGAACCGUGUGAAUUUUUUUUUACUUGAUUUCGUUUAGAGAAUUUUAUCAUUCAACUGUAAACGAUUUAACGGGCGUAUAGUACUAUAAGCGUUUUUGAGUAUUUUUAAAAUAUUUAUCGUUAUAUCAGUUUGAAAUAUGGUUUACCUACAUUUUCCAUCGAACAAACACACGGAGGAGGAGUUGAUGCUGCAGAAUAAGUACAACAAACUUAAAAGAAAGAAGAAGGCAUUGCAGGAUUUGAAAGCUCCUAAGCAGGAAGCUGAACGUAUUCCUCAAGCACCAAAACGACCGACGGAAGCGAGGGACGCUCGCGAAGUCGCUAAGAAACUAAUUAAAUCCGGUGUAAUUACUGCCCCUAAGACACCCAAGCGGCCGGAACAAAGCUUCAAGAGACCACGUGGAUUAGAGAGAAAAUUAAAUAGCACAGAAAAGACCUCUUAUAGUUCCUAUCAGCCGUUUUCAGCCACUCAAUUGGAAGAAGAGGACACAGAGGCAGCGAGGCCUAGGGUGAAAGACUUGUACGAUAGUUUUGUCAGUGCUGAGAACCCUGAAGGCAAGACCACCAAUACGCAAUCCACAGCCAAGCCAGAGAUGAAGCAUAGAGGAAAUACAAUAUUUAUAUGUGGUUAUAAAAUAACAGAGGAUUAUCUUAAGAAACAUUUCCAAAGUUUUGGAAAUAUCAUCAAUAUAUCCAUGGAAGUAGAGAAAAAUCGUGGGUUUAUAACUUUUGAGAAGCCUACUUCAGCUGAAAGAGCGAUCAGUGAAAUGGAUGGUAGUAUGGUUUCUUCCAUCCAGUUGAAAGUAUCAUUGGCUAGAAGGCAACCUGUAAUCGAACCUGUCAACGAUGCCAUGUCCAGCUCCAUGUGGUCACCUAUUGCAGCUAAUUAUUCUCAAAAAAGUGGUCACAAAGACAGGCGGGAUCUUAAAGUGUAUGAAGAGGAUCUAUUUCAGUAAAGGGAAUCUGUUUGACAAAUGAAGGUAUAAAUGAUGGCUGUUGCUUUGUGCAAUAUGCAAGUUGCGUUUCAAUAUAGUUUAUAUCUAUUCAGAGAAUGUUUGCUAUUUAUUCCAAACAUUGCACUUUGUGUAAAAAACGUGAAACAAUUCGUACUCUUUCUAGUAGAUCUUACAAUAAUUAUAUAAUAGACUUUUCAAUCAUGUAUUUAAUAUUAUAUGUGAUACAAUUAUAAUGUUUAUACAAAUC